AAUCUAGGCAGCUAUCACCAAUCCAGGCGUAGAGAAUGUCUGGAUUUUCAUCCUCAACCGGGUUCGAGCAACUCCCACCGCUAAUCAGCUGCCCUGAGUGCGGCGGCCGCGUCUUCACCUGGAUUGCUCGGGCGGGUCAGAAUGCGGGCGUUCGUUUCUACAAGUGCGUCAACAAGGACGCUGGCAUCUGCAACUACAUGAGAACCAAGGCGGAGUACCUAGCCGAGCUUAGCUACCAUAUGGCGACCACACAGCAGCCAUUGCAGGGGAGCAGCCAGUCGGGAGCUUGUCUGAACCGCAGAGCUCGAGUUGUCGAGCAGCAGCGCAGUGGUCCAGUCGGUCCCCAAGCUUCCAGAGCCCAACCACUGCUUAAUCAAGCAGGCUCAUCCGCGCCGCUCUUCGUGUUCUUGUGUUUUUAG